AUGAAUCUUCGCAACAGAAAGUCCGCCGGAUUAGAGCGGUUACCUUACGACACGCUCAAGGUCAUCUUCGGAUGCCUCUCAGCAGCUGCCUUCUACAUUACCUGGGGUCGAUCCUUGCUCGAUGGAACCUUGAUGCAAAUACUGGCGCUUCGAGGGGCCAAGACUCCCUCGGUACCGGGCACGAACGAACCUCUGCGAAUGACCUUCACAGGGAUUGUACCGGUGGAUUACUGGUUCACGAUUAUGGUGCUGUUUUUCUGGGAAGCGCUGGAUGGCAGUCACCCCGAUACCAGUCUUACAGGGGUCUACUUCCUGGGACAACUCGUCGGCAUCUGGAUGCUAGUCUGGCUUGAGGGUGCGCGUGCUGGGAGUCUGAAGACGGUCGUAUCGUGGACAGUUAUGUGGGCAUGCGCCAUGCAGAAUCUUACCCUCGCGUGCUUCGGGCCAAUCUUCUACACGCUCUGUCUUGCCGUCCGCUGGCCAGGAAACGGAGCGCCCAGCAAGGACGCCCUGCUCAUCCGUCCGCUUGAUCUACGUGUGUUGCCGUUUUCGGUAUUCCUUGGGUACAUCCUGCCAAGCGUCAGCAUGGCGCUGCCAUCUCCAGGGAUUGUAAGCUUCAGGACUCAGCAAGCCGUGAUUUCCGUUUGGACCUUCUUUCCGGUUUGGGUUGGAGCAAUCCACGCCAUCUUAUCGCGCGUCGCCGUCUCUCUGGGUAUGGCAGGAGCGGCACGGUCGCCUCAAGCCCACCUCGUCAACGCGCGCGUGCUCUACGCAAUCACCAUUGUGGUCACAACGGUCGUGCACGUCGCGAUUGUGACCCUCUCACUCAGCACCGUCCUGUUUCCGGCACUCUACACGCCCUCUACACUGGCUGCGUUCGCGCCAGCCCACCUGCUCUUUCCAACCGCCAGCGGCAUUGUGGCCUCAAUCGGCGAGGGCGUGCUCAACUUCAUGCUGCUUGAUCAAUAUAUCGGGUAUGGAUCGACGUUGCUGUGGGCGGCCGUGCUACACUGGGACUCAUUGCAGCGCCUGUCGGUCCUGCAAGUGAUCGGGGCUGGGAUGAUAUCAAUCUGCGGUUGUCUAGUGUGCGGACCAGCAAGCGUUGCGGUUGGAUUAGUGUGGGCGAGAGAUGAAGUGGUGCUGAGCGCUGAGGAAGACAUGGUGGGCGGCAAAUGCUCUGUAUCCAGGAAUCUGUGA